AUGGUUGCCUUGUCGCUGAAAAUCUGUGUCCGCCAUUGCAAUGUGGUGAAGACGAUGCAGUUUGAGCCCUCCACUGCAGUCUAUGAUGCAUGCCGGGUUAUCCGUGAGAGGGUACCAGAAGCUCAGACAGGGCAAGCCUCUGACUAUGGUUUGUUUCUGUCCGAUGAAGAUCCACGGAAAGGCAUUUGGUUGGAGGCUGGCAGGACUCUGGAUUACUACAUGCUGCGGAAUGGGGAUAUUUUGGAAUACAAAAAGAAGCAGAGACCUCAGAAAAUCAGGAUGUUGGACGGCUCCGUGAAGACGGUGAUGGUGGAUGACUCUAAAACCGUUGGAGAACUGCUGGUGACCAUCUGCAGCCGGAUAGGCAUAACCAAUUAUGAAGAGUACUCCUUAAUCCAAGAAGGCAGUGAGGAAAAGAAGGAAGAGGGCACAGGGACCCUGAAAAAGGAUCGAACGCUGCUACGGGAUGAGAAAAAGAUGGAGAAAUUAAAAGCCAAGCUGCACACUGAUGAUGACUUGAACUGGUUGGAUCACAGCCGAACGUUUCGGGAACAAGGGGUGGACGAGAGCGAGACGCUGCUUCUGAGGCGCAAGUUCUUCUACUCUGACCAGAACGUGGAUUCCAGAGACCCCGUCCAGCUCAACCUGCUCUAUGUCCAGGCCCGUGAUGACAUUCUGAAUGGCUCCCACCCAGUGUCCUUCGAGAAGGCCUGUGAAUUUGGUGGUUUUCAGGCACAGAUCCAGUUUGGGCCUCACGUAGAGCACAAACACAAACCUGGAUUCUUAGAUCUGAAAGAAUUUCUCCCCAAAGAAUAUAUCAAGCAAAGAGGAGCUGAAAAGAGAAUAUUCCAGGAACACAAGGAUUGUGGAGAGAUGACUGAAAUAGAGGCAAAAGUGAAGUACGUUAAGUUGGCCCGGUCUCUGAGGACCUAUGGAGUCUCCUUUUUCCUGGUGAAGGAGAAAAUGAAAGGAAAGAACAAACUGGUCCCCCGUUUGCUAGGAAUUACCAAGGAGUCUGUGAUGCGUGUGGAUGAAAAGACCAAGGAAGUCUUGCAGGAGUGGCCUCUGACCACGGUGAAACGCUGGGCGGCCUCACCCAAAAGCUUCACCCUGGAUUUUGGGGAGUACCAAGAAAGCUACUACUCAGUACAGACCACUGAAGGAGAGCAGAUCUCUCAGCUGAUCGCUGGUUACAUUGACAUCAUCCUCAAGAAGAAGCAAAGCAAGGAUCGCUUUGGGCUGGAAGGAGAUGAAGAAUCGACUAUGCUAGAAGAAUCUGUCUCUCCCAAAAAGUCGACAAUAUUGCAGCAGCAGUUCAACCGCACUGGAAAGGUGGAGCAUGGCUCCGUGGCGCUUCCAGCCGUCAUGCGCUCGGGCUCCACCGGCCCAGAGAUCUUCAACGUGGGCAGCAUGCCUUCACCGCAGCAGCAAGUGACGGUUGGGCAGAUGCACAGGGCCCACAUGCCCCCUCUGACUUCGGCCCAACAGGCCCUGAUGGGCACCAUCAACACCAGCAUGCAGGCCGUCCAGCAGACGCAGGCAGACCUCACCCAAGUCGAUGAUCUUCCGCCUUUAGGAAAUGACAUGGCUUCCAGAGUUUGGGUCCAGAACAAAGUGGACGAGUCAAAACAUGAAAUACACUCUCAAGUUGAUGCAAUCACUGCAGGGACAGCUUCUGUUGUGAACCUUACAGCAGGGGACCCGGUUGACACAGACUACACAGCGGUGGGCUGUGCCAUCACCACCAUCUCCUCCAACCUCACGGAGAUGUCCAAGGGGGUCAAGUUGCUGGCGGCUCUCAUGGACGAUGAAGUCGGAAGUGGGGAGGACCUGCUGAAGGCCGCUCGGACCCUGGCAGGGGCCGUCUCAAACCUGCUCAAAGCGGUGGAACCGACAUCAGGAGAGCCCCGCCAGACUGUUCUGACUGCAGCUGGCAGCAUUGGCCAAGCCAGCGGGGAGCUGCUCAGGCAGAUCGGGGAGAACGAGACAGACGAACGUUUCCAGGAUGUCUUGAUGAGCCUGGCCAAAGCUGUGGCCAAUGCCGCCGCCAUGUUGGUUCUAAAGGCCAAGAACGUGGCUCAGGUGGCCGAGGACACUGUUCUGCAGAACCGGGUGAUUGCGGCUGCCACACAGUGCGCCCUCUCCACCUCGCAGCUGGUGGCUUGUGCAAAGGUGGUGAGUCCCACCAUCAGCUCCCCGGUGUGUCAGGAGCAGCUGAUUGAAGCCGGGAAGCUGGUGGAUCGCUCCGUGGAGAACUGUGUGCGGGCGUGCCAGGCUGCCACGGAUGACACCGAACUGCUCAAGCAAGUCAGUGCGGCGGCCAGCGUGGUCAGCCAGGCCCUGAAUGACCUCCUGCAGCAUGUCCGCCAGUUUGCCAGCCGGGGGGAGCCCAUUGGACGCUACGAUCAGGCCACCGACACCAUCAUGUAUGUGACCGAGAGCAUCUUCAGUUCCAUGGGGGACGCCGGGGAAAUGGUGCGGCAGGCCAGGGUGUUGGCGCAAGCAACUUCAGACCUGGUGAACGCCAUGCGGUCGGAUGCUGAGGCAGAAAUUGACAUGGAAAACUCGAAGAAGCUCCUGGCAGCUGCCAAGCUUCUUGCUGAUUCCACCGCCCGGAUGGUAGAAGCUGCAAAGGGAGCUGCUGCCAACCCAGACAAUGAAGACCAGCAGCAGCGGCUGCGGGAAGCGGCCGAAGGGCUCCGGGUGGCCACCAACGCAGCUGCCCAGAACGCCAUUAAGAAGAAGAUUGUGAACCGACUGGAGGUGGCAGCAAAACAGGCAGCCGCAGCUGCCACGCAAACCAUCGCAGCCUCGCAGAACGCCGCCAUUUCAAACAAGAACGCAGCAGCCCACCAGCAGCUUGUCCAGAGCUGCAAGAACGUGGCUGACCACAUUCCGCAGCUGGUGCAAGGCGUGCGAGGGAGCCAAGCGCAGGCGGAGGACCUGGGCGCCCAACUCGCCUUGAUCAACUCCAGCCAAAAUUUCCUCCAGCCAGGGAGCAAAAUGGUGGCUUCAGCCAAAGCAGCCGUGCCAACCGUGACUGACCAGGCGGCAGCCAUGCAGUUGAGCCAGUGUGCCAAGAAUCUGGCCACCAGCCUGGCGGAGCUGAGGACAGCCUCUCAGAAGGCACACGAGGCCUGUGGCCCCAUGGAGAUCGACUCGGCCUUGAACACUGUCCAGACGCUCAAAAACGAAUUGCAGGAUGCAAAGAUGGCAGCCCUGGACGGACAGUUGAAGCCUCUUCCGGGAGAAACGCUCGAAAAAUGCGCCCAGGACUUGGGAAGCACCUCCAAAGCUGUCGGCUCCUCCAUGGCGCAGCUGCUCACCUGUGCCGCCCAAGGCAAUGAAGACUAUACAGGGGUGGCUGCCCGGGAAACAGCCCAGGCACUGAAGACUUUGGCACAAGCUGCGCGGGGCGUGGCCGCAUCCACGGGCGACCCAGCCGGGGCCCGGGCAAUGCUGGACUCGGCGUGGGACGUGAUGGAGGGCUCCGCUCUGCUCAUCCAGGAGGCCAAGCAGGCCCUGGUGUCUCCAGGGGAUGCAGAGAGUCAGCAGAGGCUAGCCCAGGUGGCGAAAGCCGUGUCACAUUCACUGAACAACUGCGUCAACUGCCUCCCUGGCCAGAAGGACGUGGACGUGGCCCUGAAGAGCAUUGGUGAAUCCAGCAAGAAGCUGCUGGUGGAAACGCUGCCCCCCAGCUCCAAGUCGUUCCAGGAGGCGCAGAGCGAGCUCAACCAGGUGGCGGCCGACCUGAACCAGUCGGCUGGGGAGGUUGUGCACUCCACGCGGGGCCAGAGCGGGGAGCUGGCGGCCGCCUCGGGGAAGUUCAGCGAGGACUUUGAUGAGUUUCUCGACGCGGGGAUUGAGAUGGCCGGCCAAGCUCAGACCAAAGAGGAUCAGAUCCAGGUCAUCGGGAACCUCAAGAACAUCUCCAUGGCUUCCAGCAAGCUGCUUCUGGCGGCCAAGUCUCUGUCGGUGGACCCCGGCGCUCCCAACGCCAAGAACCUCUUAGCGGCUGCUGCCAGGGCAGUCACGGAGAGCAUCAACCAGCUGAUCACCCUGUGCACCCAGCAAGCGCCUGGCCAGAAGGAGUGCGACAACGCUCUCCGGGAAUUGGAGACCGUGAAGGAGAUGCUGGAAAAUCCCAGUGAGCCGGUGAGCGACCAGUCUUACUUCGACUGCAUUGAAGGCGUCAUGGAGAAUUCCAAGGUAUCUCUUCCCAAAUCUCUUCCUGAGAAGUCCAUCGGGGGGGGGGGGGGACAGGUUCCCCUCUUGCUGUAUACCACCUCUCGGGGUGGUGGUAUACAGACCAUUCCUGCCCCCGACCCUUGAAGAAGAUGGACCUUCGCCCGGGGGUCACUCCCUGGACUUCCGCUGUGCAAAGCCCUGAUCCCCUCGUGUCCGUUUCAGGUCUUAUCAGCAGCCACCAUCGUGGCCAAGCACACCUCUGCCCUGUGCAACGCCUGCCGCAUCGCUUCGUCCAAAACGGCCAACCCCGUGGCCAAGAGGCACUUCGUCCAGUCGGCCAAGGAGGUGGCCAACAGCACGGCCAACCUGGUGAAGACCAUCAAGGCUUUGGAUGGAGACUUUUCAGAAGACAAUCGCAGCAAGUGCCGGACCGCCGCUGCUCCGCUCAUUGAAGCUGUGGAAAACCUGACCGCCUUUGCCUCCAAUCCUGAGUUUGUCAGCAUUCCUGCUCAGAUCAGUGCUGAGGGUUCUCGCGCACAGGAGCCCAUCCUGGCUUCUGCUCGAACCAUGCUGGAGAGCUCGUCUUCCUUGAUCAAAACAGCUCGCUCACUGGCCAUCAACCCCAAGGACCCGAACACCUGGUCUGUCCUGGCUGGACAUUCGCACACCGUCUCCGAGUCCAUCAAGAGCCUCAUCACUUCCAUCAGGGACAAAGCUCCAGGCCAGCGGGAGUGUGACUACGCCAUUGAUGGCAUUAACAAGUGCAUCAGAGACAUUGAGCAAGCCUCCCUCGCUGCCGUUAGUCAGAACUUGGCCACAAGGGAUGACAUUUCUGUGGAGGCUUUGCAAGAACAGCUGACCUCCGUUGUUCAGGAAAUUGGCCAUCUCAUCGACCCCAUUGCAACGGCAGCCCGAGGUGAGGCUGCUCAGCUUGGACACAAGGUGACGCAGCUCUCCAGCUACUUUGAACCCCUGGUUCUUGCGGCCGUUGGCCUCGUCUCCAAAUUGAUGAAUCACCAGCAGCAAAUGAACCUGUUGGAUCAAACCAAGACCUUGGCAGAAUCGGCCCUGCAGAUGCUGUACGCGGCCAAGGAAGGAGGGGGGAACCCGAAGGCUUCACACACUCAUGAUGCUAUCCUGGAAGCAGCACAGCUCAUGAAGGAAGCCGUGGAUGACAUCAUGGUGACCUUGAAUGAAGCUGCCAGUGAAGUGGGCAUGGUGGGGAACAUGGUGGAUUCCAUUGCUGAAGCCAUGAGUAAGCUAGAUGAAGGGACACCCUCCGAUCCCAAAGGGUCCUUUGUGGACUACCAGACCACCGUUGUCAAAUACUGCAGGGCCAUCGCAGUCACAGCUCAAGAGAUGAUGACCAAGGCGGUCACUAAUCCAGAGGAACUGGGAGGACUCGCAUCCCAAAUGACCACCGACUAUGGACACCUGGCUUCUCAGGGACGGAUGGCAGCAGGCACUGCGGAACCAGAGGAGAUAGGAUUCCAGAUCAGAACCCGGGUUCAAGAACUUGGACACAGCUGCAUCUUCCUGGUCCAAAAAGCCGGGGCCUUGCAGAUAUGUCCAACCGACGCCUACACCAAGCGAGAGUUGAUCGAAUGCACCCGGACGGUCAGCGAAAAGGUGUCCCUGGUGUUGUCAGCUCUCCAGGCGGGGAACAAGGGCACCCAGGCGUGCAUCACCGCAGCCAGCGCCGUCUCCGGCAUCAUUGCUGACCUGGACACCACCAUCAUGUUUGCUGCGGCUGGGACGCUGAAUGCCGAGAACAACGAAUCCUUUGCCGAUCACAGGGAAAAUAUUCUAAAGACCGCAAAGACUUUGGUUGAAGACACCAAGCUGCUGGUCUCCGGAGCCGCCUCCAGCCAGGAGAAAUUGGCCCAAGCAGCCCAGUCUUCCGCCAGCACCAUCACGCAGCUGGCAGAGGUGGUGAAGUUGGGAGCGGCCAGCCUGGGCUCAGAUGACCCUGAAACACAGGUUGUGCUAAUCAAUGCCAUUAAGGAUGUGGCAAAGGCCUUGUCUGACCUCAUCGGUGCCACCAAAGGAGCCGCCAGCAAGCCAGCAGACGACCCGUCCAUGUACCAGCUCAAGGGGGCUGCCAAGGUGAUGGUGACCAACGUCACCUCCCUCCUGAAGACGGUCAAGGCGGUCGAGGACGAGGCCACCCGUGGAACGAGGGCCCUUGAGGCCACCAUUGAGUACAUCAAGCAGGAGCUCACGGUGUUCCAGUCCAAGGACGUUCCCGAGAAGACCUGCUCCCCAGAAGAAUCCAUCCGGAUGACGAAAGGCAUCACCAUGGCAACGGCCAAAGCUGUGGCAGCCGGGAAUUCCUGCCGGCAAGAGGAUGUGAUUGCCACGGCCAACCUCAGCCGCAAAGCCGUGGCUGACAUGCUGGCGGCUUGCAAGCAAGCCUCCUUCCACCCCGAUGUCAGUGAAGACGUGCGGGCGAGAGCGCUGCAUUAUGGGACGGAGUGCACCUUGGCUUACCUGCAGCUCUUGGAACAUGUCCUGAUGAUCCUCCAGAAGCCCACUGCCGAGCUGAAGCAUUUGCUGGCGGCCUUGUCCAAGGGGGUGGCGGGGGCUGUGACGGAGCUCAUGCAGUCUGCCGAAGCCAUGAAAGGUACCGAAUGGGUCAACCCUGAAGACCCCACCGUGAUUGCCGAGACGGAAUUACUCGGAGCUGCUGCUUCCAUUGAAGCAGCUGCCAAAAAGCUGGAACAGCUGAAACCCAGAGCCAAGCCCAAGCAGGCGGACGAGACCCUUGACUUUGAGGAACAGAUUCUCGAAGCGGCCAAGUCCAUCGCGGCCGCCACCAGCGCCCUCGUCAAGUCAGCCUCCGCUGCUCAGCGAGAGCUGGUCGCCCAAGGCAAGGUGGGGGCCAUUCCUGCCAACGCCGCCGACGAUGGACAGUGGUCCCAGGGGCUGAUUUCUGCGGCCCGGAUGGUGGCAGCUGCGACCAGCAACCUCUGUGAGGCGGCCAACGCCUCAGUCCAGGGCCACGCCAGCGAGGAGAAGCUCAUCUCCUCGGCCAAGCAAGUGGCCGCCUCCACGGCCCAGCUGCUGGUGGCCUGCAAAGUGAAGGCCGACCAGGACUCGGAGGCCAUGAGGAGGCUGCAGGUGGCAGGCAAUGCCGUGAAACGGGCGUCGGACAACCUGGUCAGGGCAGCCCAGAAGGCGGCCUUUGGGAAGGCGGAUGAUGACGACGUGGUGGUGAAGACCAAGUUUGUGGGGGGCAUCGCGCAGAUCAUCGCAGCCCAGGAGGAGAUGCUGAAAAAGGAACGGGAAUUGGAGGAAGCCCGGAAAAAGCUGGCCCAGAUCCGCCAGCAGCAGUACAAGUUCCUCCCCAGCGAGCUGCGGGAAGAGGAAGGCUAA